AUGGCUACUUCUCUCACUCUCACUCUCACUCUCACUCUCAAGCUUACCACUACCAGCACUCUCUCUCCCUUCCAUUGCACCAAAUUCACAAAACCCAGAAAUCAUAGCACCAAAAUUCGAUGCAUAGGAUGGGACCCAGAAGGAAUAUUGAGAGCACCCCAAACAGGGCACAUAGCAAGACUGGAAUUCAACAGGCGCCUUGAGAAAGACGCCGAGGCAAGGGAAGACUUCGAACGCCAUGUCCGAGAAGAAAAAGAGCGCCGCCGAGCUCUUCGAGAGUCUCGGGUGAUACCGGAUACUGCGGCCGAGCUGGUGGAGUAUUUUCUUGAUACUGAAGCUCAGGAGAUUGAAUUUGAGAUUGCAAGAAUGAGGCCUCGAUUGAAUGAGGAAUUUUUCUCACACCUGAAAGGUGAACUGGGGAAACUGAGGUUUGCCGUGCCAAAGACUCAGGAAAUGGAAGACAGAUUGAUAGAACUGGAAGCACUCCAAAAGGCUCUGCAGCAAGGAACAGAAGCCUAUGAUAAAAUGCAAGAUGAACUCGUAAAAGCGAGGAAGAACUUAAUGAAAAUUUUGACAUCGGAUAAUGUCAAGACUACUCUAUUGGAAAUGGUUGAGCAGAAUGAGUUGAAUAGAUCCUUGUUGAUGCUUCUUGAUGAAAAUAUUGCGAAUGCAUAUCAGGCUAACCAGAUUUCAACUGCUUUUCUAGACCCUAGGGAUAACCAACCUGGCCCAGUGCCUGUAAAAGGAGGGGUAAGGAGGAAGGAUCGAGCCCUUUCUUUUAGGCAUAGGAUUCUCUCAAAACUUUGGUUUGUAGUGCCAUGUUCAUCCCUUAAACUUGACUUUUGGAGGAGUAUGCUAUGUGGUUGCUUUGAAGAAGGAUCCUCAAUAUCAGAAACUCCUAAAGUUAGAAGUUUUGACAAGAUAUCUCAUAGUAGUCUUUGUAUUGAAGUAGCAAGCUAG